GAAUGCAAUUCAGCUUAGUUCAGUUCAGCUUAAUUCAACAAUACCGAUGGUGUGUGUGUGUAUAUGAGUGAAUGUUUAUGUUUUUUUGCAGUCGAUCGAUUCAAGAAUGGUUUUCCUUUAUGUUUUGCACACUUUAUUUUUUUUUACCCGCCUCUAUUUUACUAUUUUAUCGAUGGUGAUUGUCAUGUUCUGUUGUGCUGUGCCAUUCAUUUUCCUCCUGCUCUCAUGUGUUUCUCCUCCCCAAUCUCUUUCCCUGUUGUUUUCCUUAUCAAAGCUUCAAUCAUUAUCAAUUAUUUAUUUGUGUUAUUUGUUCAUUUGUUCAACGUUCGUCCAUCCAUUUUCCCAUGUUCUCAUGUACUUCUCCAACAAUAAGGAUCACGUUUCAUUUGAGGCGAGAAUUUUUUUUUUUUCUUUGUCUUCUUUAAUACGACGUUCUGGUAGGACAAACCAUCG